AUGGUCGGCACGGCAUCGGGGAGUGUGCAAACACUGUUCGAUUUCACGCGGCUCGACGAGCUGAGCGGCUGGACCGAGCACUCGGACACCGUCAAGCCGAGCGGCGCGUCCAAGGCCGCGCUCGUGCUCCAAAAGUCCCAGCUCUUCCAGCGCGCCGUUUUCUUCAGUCUCUUCGCACCGAGGAUCAAUGGCACCGGCUUCGCGGGUAUACGCGCGGACACGAGCUUCGAUCUCAGGGAGCACCAAUACAUCGCGAUCAAGUGCCGGGGACAGGGGGCCAAUUUCAAGUACAAGAUGCUGCUGAGGCACAAAGGCCUCGGUCGCGAUUCCGUGAUCUACGGCCAGAUUUUCACGGUGAGCGAAAACGAAUUUUCUACGGUAAAACUGCCACUGGGGGAUUUCAAGCCUUACCACCGGGGCUUGCCUCUGGCUGCGGAUGUCCACCCCUUGGAUUUAUCGGCGAUUACGAGUAUGGGCAUUAAAGUGGACAAUGGACCGUAUCUGCCGGAUAAUCAGCCUGGAGUUUCGUCCCUCGAAAUCGAUUGGAUCAAGGCCGUCAAAUGAUUAAUCGUCACGAUAUCCCUGAUUCUCGUUAUCAUCGUCCCCCUGCUUCCCAUUACUAUUUUUGUUAUCGUACCUAUAUGGCUUAGCUCUUUUAUUAUUUUUCGAUUUGUCGCCGAUUU